UGGACGCUGUUCUGCAGGCGCUGUGCUGGACUCUCAGUCCAUGAAGGUUGGUGCCCCGGUGAAAGAGGAGCCCUGCAGAUGUGGGGGACUCUGGAAAGAGGGACUGGUGUCCCAAGACGGGUGUUUCUGCUCGAGUGGGAGCAGAAACGUGCGUGGAAAGAAGGCAGGGGGAGUCUGACAGCUCGGAUGGGGACGGACACCCGGCCGUCGGGGUCCACAGGUCCCCGACCCAGGAAGGGGAAUUUGGGGUGUGCUGUCAACGAUUGCCUCGCGGAAUAUGGCGUGCUGCCAGAAGGCCAGGGUGUGCUCUGUGUACGGACGCCGGCUCUGGAGUUCCGUGAAUGGGGCGGACAAGUCCAAGAUGGCAGGAAUCGGACUGCUUGUCGCGGAAGCCUGGGAGGGCUUGGUGUGCAAUUCCAGUCCUCUCUGUUUCUGUGUAUAAAGAAAAUGAAAACAUCUGUGAAGCUGUUGACAUUCAAGGAUGUAUCUGUGGAUUUCUCUCCAGAGGAGUGUGAGUUUCUGGACCCUGUCCAGUGGGAUUUGUACAGGGAUGUGAUGUUAGAGAACUACAGAAACCUGGUUUCUCUGGGUCUUGCUGUGUCACCGCCAUUCCUGGUCACUUCUCUGGAGCAGAGGAAGGAGCCUUGGCAUGUGAACAGGCCAGACACAGAAGCCGUGAGCCCAGCAGCUCUGUCUUCACAGUACACCCCCAGCUUUUCACCAGAGCAAAUCAAAAAACAUUCAUUCCAAAAGAUGAGAAAGGAAGAUAUGGAAAUGGUGGCCUUGACAACCUAUUUAAGGAAAAAAUUGGAAAGUGUGGUCAAGUGUGAAGGUGAGAAAGUCUGUUACAAUGGAUAUAGCCAGUGUGUGACAACUGCCCAUGACAGAAACUCCACUGCCAACAGAGGUCACCUGUGCAUGGCGUCUCAUCAAUGCAGUGAAAUUCACAGAAACUUUAACCAGGUCUCAAAUCCUAGUAAACAUCAGUAUACUCCUUUUCCAGAGAACUUUUCCAGAUGUCACAAAUAUGGGGAAGGCCUUCAUCAAUGCUCAGAACUUCCUUUUUGUCGAAGUGUCCACAUUGACAACAAACCUUACAAAAAUAUAGAAUGUGGGCAAGCUUUCCUUGACUCAACCUUUCAUCAUCCUCAGAGGGUUCAUACAGAAGAGAAACCCCAUAGACGCAAAGGAUGUGGCCAGGGCUUUGACAGGCACUCAGUCCUUGUUCAACACCAGAGAACUCAUACUGAAGAGAAACCCCACAGAUGUGAAGAAUACCACAAUGCCUUUACCUGUUCUUCACAUCUUAAUCAACGUCAGAGAAAACGUACUGCAAAGAAGCCCUACAAAUGCAAAGACUGUGGCAAAAUCUUUAACUGUUCCUCACAGUUUAACCAGCAUCAGAAUAUUCAUACCGGAGAAAAACCCUUUAAAUGUAAAGAAUGUGAGAAAGCCUUUAGUCAACGUUCUACACUUAGUCAACAUCAGAAAACCCAUACUCUUGAGAAGCCCUACAAAUGCAAAGAUUGUGGCAAGGCCUUUAACUGUUCUUCAUAUCUUAAUCAGCACAAGCGAAUUCACACUGGAGAGAAACCUUAUAAAUGCAAAGAAUGUGGCAAAGCCUUUAACUGUUCUUCACACCUUAACAAGCAUCGGAGAAUCCACACUGGAGAGAAACCCUAUAAAUGUAAAGAGUGUGGCAAGGCCUUUAACCAAAGUUCAAUCCUCACUCAACAUCAGAAAAUUCAUACUGGUGAGAAACCCUACAAAUGCAAAGAGUGUGGCAAAGCCUUUAACCAUUCUUCAUACCGUAAUCAACACGAGAGAAUUCACACGGGAGAGAAACCCUACACGUGCAAAGAGUGUGGCAAGGCCUUUAACUGUUCCUCACACCUUAAUCAACAUCAGAGAAUUCAUACUGGAGAGAAGCCUUACAAAUGUAAUGAGUGUGGCAAGGCCUUUAAAUGUUCCUCACACCUUAAUCAACACCAGAGAAUUCACACGGGAGAGAAACCCUACACAUGCAAACAAUGUGGCAAGGCCUUUAACUGUUCCUCACACCUUAAUCAGCACAAGCGAAUUCACACUGGAGAGAAACCCUACACAUGCAAACAAUGUGGCAAGGCCUUUAAAUGUUCUUCCUACCUUAAUCAACACCAGAGAAUUCACAGUGGAGAAAAACUGUAUAAACGUAAAUAAUGUUGCAAAGUCUUUACUCAGAGUUCAUUAGACACUUCAUGGUGGAGAGAAUCCUACAGAUGUCAGGAGUGUGGCAAAGGGUUUAAGGUGCUUAAUCCUCAUUCACCCACAGAUAGCUCCUAGUGGAGAGAAACCGUACAAAGGCAAAGCAUGUGGUUAAACCUUACUCAACACCAAAGAAUUUACACUAGAGAAACCCUACAAAUGCAAAGAAUGUGGCAAGACCUUUAAUUAUAUUUUGUCCUUAUUCAACGUCAGAGAAUUCAGAGAGUUUAUAUUGGAUAGAAGCCUCACAUAAUAGUGACUCUGGAAGGAACUUCAUGAUUCACACCUCACAAGAGCAAAGUAUUUUAUACUUUACAGAUGUAGAGUGUAAUAGCAAAGCCUUUGGUCAUGCCUCACAUUUUUCUUUUCUCCCUGUUGGUGGUGCCAGGGUUUGAAUUCAGGGCCUUGAGCUUGCUAAGGAGGUGUUGUACCCUCGAGCUAACCCCCAGACCUUUUUGCUUUUGUUAUAUUUUGAAUAGGGUCUUGAAUUUAUGCUCCAUUAGCCUGGACUGCGGUGUUCCCAUUUACACUCCUGCAUAAGAGGGAUGACAGGCAUGCAGCUUCACACCCAGCUUUUUUAUUGUUUGGGUUGGGGUUUUGCAAACUCUUUCCCCUGCUUGGACUUGAACCAGGCUCUGCCUCCUCUUGGCAGCUGAACCUCCCAGUCUCUGCCUCCUGAUUAGUGAGCCUGAGCUGUGAGUGGCUCAUAUUUCCAAUGUAACGGAAUUACUAUAGGUGAGAAAUUUGAAGUCAAAACCCUAAACUAUUUCCUAUAAUUUACUGGGCAUCAUUAUUUGAUGUGGUUCAAGGCAGAAACCACCACAAAUAUCAAAAUAGUGCGGAUGAGUUAUCUCUGGGGAUAUAAAGCUUACUGAAAUGCCUCAU